AUUUUUUAAAGUGCAAUUUGAAAGGGAAAGGUUAAAAAUAAAUAUGGAGGAGAUUAAGUCAGCAAUCAACGAAAAGGUAUCAUUGAUUGAAAACUUUAUUGCUUUAAGCUUACGCCGCGAUAAAGUGCACAACGUCGCUGUCAUAUUACUGAAGGAAACAAAAGAGCUCCAAAAACUAAUGGACAUGGUACGCAGGGCAGUAAAAAAUGAUCUAAGCAAAGUAGAUGAACAGCAUGGUCGUUUAAUUAUACGUAUGCAAAGACAGCAAAGUGAUCUUUUAAGUUAUAUAUUAACAGAACGCCGCCGUAAGAUCCAGGAAGCUGAAAAGCGGGAGCACGAAAUGCUUGUUGCCUUUACAGUUUCCAACGCGCCGCGCACAGCUGAAAAGUUGGUAGCAAACCAAACAUUAGAAAAGGGAAUGAACCGACUUAAUUUGCAUUCGAGCGCCAAGGCACAAAAACUUACUCUGAGCGGUUAUAAAGAAUCACCAUUAGUAAAGCAAAGGCCUAUUCACCCUAUACCUUUCAAAUUUCUAGAUUUUGAAUAUCUAAUAACUACAGAACAAUUUGAAUCAAUACCAAAAUAUAUGCGCGGUCGCGAAUCUGUAGAUGAUCUCCGCAAUUUUCUGGACACUGUAAUAGUUACAUGUUUCAAUAAAAAAUACCAGUUAAUGCAUCGCCAACGUAGUACAGUGCGCAAUCGGCAAGAUUUGGAAUUGUGGAAAGUGUAUAAUCAACAAGCGUCAUAUGUACCAGGACGCAAUUUUAUAACACCAGGCGAUAUUUCGCAACAAAUUCACAAAAUGUUGGAUAAAAAGCAACAAAACCGUAUUGUCAUGUUGCGACAUUUAGGUGUGAUACAAGAACAGCGUGUUGGUCAGACUGUCUGCUAUAUUUGGAAUGCUGACUCUCAUUGAUUCGUAUUUUUUAUACCCCUCCAAAUAGCUUUCAUUUAAAUAGUUUAAAUAUGUAACCGUUAAUUUAAUAUUUUCUAAAGAUUUGUUCUUACCAAUUG